AUGCGCGAGGAGUCCCAUGGAAUAUCAUCUCAUCUUCUAGUUCGGCAAAAGACUGACAAAAUCUUUCUUACCGCGGCGGUGAGUCCGAUCGUUGCAUGGCGUCUCGAAUACUUGGGCCAUGUUGUAAUUGCAGUACAGAGCAGGUGUGAGGACGAUUUGAGACUUUUGCCGGUGACGAUUAGGGUUUCAAUGAGUGAAGGUGGUGGUAAACGUUCGGAUGAUGAAGGUGAUGAUUUACUGUGGAACGAUUUCGAGAAUUGUGCACAGUCGGUCACACUCUUAUAUCGUAAUCCAUCAUGGAAGGCGAUGCAAACAGCUGCUGCAUCUACCACCCAGCUUUACAAAAGUGGUAUUGAACAUAAGAAAAAAGCAUAUGACCGAGGUUAUUUAGCGGGUCGCCAAACUCUUGCACGUGAAAUUUAUGCCUUGCGUCGUUAUAAUGGAGUUUCUGUUGAUGACGUCUGGAAAUUAUUAUCAAAAAUUGUUUGUGCUGCGGAAUACGGGUAUUCUUCGCGGAGUUCAACUCCGGAACAAACUGAUAGUCCAGCAGUUUCAUUCUUUCAACAGGGUUAUAAUGAAAACUGGCUUGUUGCAAAUCUUACAUCUACAUCACUAGAAAGGAGGGAUUAUAAGUUCGAUAAGAAGAUGGAAAGUUUCCAUAAAUGCUGGAAAGAAGCAGGAGCGUUAUGUAUCCCUGCUAAUGUCGCCUGUCCACAGCGUGAUACUGAAUUGAAUACUUUUCUGUCGCGUCAAGUUCAUCGGCGUCGUAAACGACGUCAUUCACCGUCGGAAUUUCCUUAUAAAAAGAUUUUCCGCUCAUAA